AGUAGGGCCCUCGGGGCGCGCCCCCAUCGGGGCCAGGAGCCAUUAUACACUGUGCACUGACGGCCCUUCGUCCCGCAGGCAUUUAUUUACUGAGCGCCCACUGUAUGUCAGGUACUGCGCUGGAUGUUGCUCCUUAAGCGAGAACGACACAUGCAACCUAGCAGGGAAGUCCUGAUAGCCAAGGAGCGGGUCUCUUUGGCCUGCCACGGUCUCCACCACGCCUAACACACCGCCCGGCACGUAAAUGUGGAUCGAAUGAAGGAGGAAAGACGGGCUGAUCCCUGCCCUCCAGUGUAGGGCUGUCCGGAGGCCAGACGGUGACGCUGCACGGAGAGAACAGCCGGCGGGGCCAGUAGAGGGCGCCGUGGGAGCGCCCGGCGGGGCGGGACCGAGUGGGGCUCGCAGCUUCCCGCAGGCCCCGCAGAUGGCGACGCCGGGCGCUGGACCCGGGCCCGGGUCGGGGCCAUCCCCGGGGCUGGAGGCAGCGCUACAGAAGCUCGUGCUGCGGCGGAAGAAAGUGCUGAGUGCCGAGGAGAUGGAGCUGUACGAGCUGGCGCAGGCGGCGGGCGGCGCCAUGGAUCCCGACGUGUUCAAGAUCCUAGUGGACCUGCUGAAGCUGAACGUCGCGCCCCUCGCAGUCUUCCAGAUGCUCAAAUCCAUGUGUGCCGGGCAGAGGCUGGCGAGCGAGCCCCAGGAUCCUGCUGCUGUGUCCCUGCCUACAUCGAAUGUGCCUGAGACCCGAGAGGCCUCCUUUCUCUUUGCCAAGAACUGUAGCCCCCCUGCAAGGGCCUCCUUUUCCUCAGCCCUGCGGCCUGCGGCCUCUCCGGUUCUGCACCACAGCCCAGCUGCCAUGCACCCGCCUCUCUCUCCAGGGCCCCCCGGUUCCCUCCGGUUCUCUUGCUGCCUGUUCUCUCCUUUUGCAGGUUGCAUUUAUUGGUUUAUCUCUGGGGUUGUUGUGCUCUCUUGUUUCCAUGGAAACUGCUGUGGCCCAAGAAAGCCAGAACAGCUUCUAGCUGCAAGGGCAGGGUCCUGCUGGCCAUCUCUGCCACGCAGCUUAGAGACUGAAGACACAAUUUCAUGGUUUAUUAAGAGACAACCUGCGGUACCCCUAACCCCCCAGAGACUAACUCUGCUGGGUGAGACUUGUGCUCUACAGAGGUGCCCCUGCCCCAGAGGAGAAGAGGCUGAGGGGCAGGGAAGAUGCUACAGAAGACCUAAUUCUGCUUGGCCUGGCCUGGGAGGUGCUAUGGCGUCCGAGCUGGGCACUAGCAUGUUGGGAGAUGCUGUGGGGUGGCGGGGCUCAUAGGGAUACUUGCACACUGACCAGAAUAUUGGCAUUUGUACCAAAGAAAAUGUGGAUGACAGUUCUCUUUGUAUCUGUUUUUUGUGAGUCACUGGCCUUGUCAGAUUUAAAGGCAGGCUGAGUUGACUCAGCUUCACCCCACAACAUGCUCCUGUCUGCUCCCCCUCGGCCCUGGGUAACCUGUUAUUACCUCUCUGUUGAAUCAAGUGCACACAAGCACUUGAGUGUGAAGACCAGGGAGGCGAGGGAGAGGAAUCCUGAACUGUCCAAGUUCCAGAGGAAGAACCAAUGUAACCCUCCCCACCACACCGGGCAGCAAAGACCCCACUCUCUGAGGAAGUACUUUCCAGAAAUUCUCUUAAGGGCUAUCAUAGCCCUGCAGGAAUCCUGGGAAGAACUUAGUUGUCAGUCUUGGAGAGCAUGGAAAGCGAGUCUGAUGUUCUAUAGAAGCCAGGAUCUGCAGUUUCAAAGGCAGGUGCCUCUAAAAACAGAAAUGAUUUAACAGGCCCCUAAGAAACUUUGUUGCAUCUUUUCUCCAACAACUCAUAAUUUCCCUAAGGCAGGCUAUUUGACCCUGAACCCUGAAGGAGAGUAGGGGUCAAGCAGGAGACAGGAAUGCUGGUCAGAGCCCACAGGGCAGACCUUGGCUGAAGCUGGCCCAGAAUAGAGGGACUGAACUGGUGAGUGAGCCUGGUCCACCAGUACUUUUUGUCCCCUGGAGGGUCCUCUUAGUCUUACUGAUGCUGUCAACAUUCGGAGCUCAGAGAAGUCAACCAUCUUACCUAAUAAUAGACAAACAUGUAAAUUGACCGUACCUUCACUACAUUAACCAGCCAAUCAGGAGAGUAUGCAAAUUAACCCAAGAAAGAUGGCGGUUAAUUUGCACAUGUAGGCUCCAAGUGGGAGCGAAGCCUGACAGCCCCGGGGCUGGAGCAGCGAAGCCUGAAGGCUCCGGGGCCGGCUCCAGCCAGAGCAAAGGCCUGGGUCCCAGGUGCCAGAGGCAAACCGGUGCCAGCAGCCAAGGGAAGGGAAGGCCUAUUGCACGAAUCUCUUCAUGCAACAGGCCUCUAGUUUAAAAUAAAACUCUAGUCCAGGUGUGGUUACAGGUAUGCCUGUCGUCUACACACACACACACACACACAACGAGAGAGAGAGCGAGAAAGAGAGAGAGAAUAAAGUAAGCAAAUUACUAAUCAAGGAACAGACCAGUGUCUCUAUCCGAGUGUGACUACCUAGUGGUCAGGGCAAGUCUUGAGCAGUCAAGCCUCUGCAGGACCCAACCUGAGUGAACCUGAGAGCAAGAAGCUUGACCACUGGAUGUUUGCAGGACACUGAGGGAGGGAGGAAAACAGGAGAAAGAGCUUCCAAGAUCCAAGUUCAAAAGCCUGACUUCAUCAUCUGUUGAUGACGCCUGUGCGUCCAGUGUUGUCUGAUGGGCUGAAACAUGGAUAAUCCAGAGAAGAGGAGGGUGCCUUGGGGGGACAAUGAGGUAGCAGCUCUACUGAUAGGGAGCCCUCCUUGCUGCUGGCAGUGGUAGCUAACCACAAAAGCUUCCUAGGGCAGGAGUCAUGAAGCUGAGCUUCCCUGCCCCUAAACUGACCAUCGACACUCCCACCCCACCCCUUCAUUCUAGGACACCCUCCAGGGCCUCCUGCACUCCGCCAAAGACUGCUCUUGGAUGUGCCAUUUGUAGGCAGUCUUUGAGCUUCAGAACCCUGGGCUGAGACAGGGUCCCCGACUGAAAGUACUGUGCUAGAAACAUACUAGAUGUAAAUGUUGCUCAAGAAACACAGAGAUGGCCCUUGCUGGUAUGGCUCAUGGAUAGAGCAUUAGCCUAUGGACUAAAGGGUCCCAGGUUCGAUCCGACCAAGGGCACAUGCCCAGGUUGCAGGCUCGGUCCC